GCGUGUGUGUGUGUGUGUGUGUGCGGCGCUCUUUUUUUAUUAUUCCAUCAAGAAGAGAAGUGGGCAUCAAGUGGAUCUGGAGUUGACAACAGAUGAGUCUCAGCAGGCAGAAGCAGAGCGAUCCGUACAUGAAAAGUCUUCAACACAACGAUCAGGAUGAUUUCCUGUCUCGAUUAUGGAUUUAAUUCGCCGUCAUAAUUUUGUCUUACUUGCAUGGGCCAUUCUUCUCUUAUCACUGUUUGUGAUUGGUGGUGCCUCUCCUGACAGGCUGUCCUCACCAUUGGACCAGUGCUCUCCAAACCCGUGCCAAAACAGGGCGAUAUGCAGAAUCCGCCAUGACGGCUACUCGUGUUUCUGUGUGCCGGGUUUUCAGGGUGCUCACUGUCAGAUUGACGUGAACGAGUGUGUUUCACAGCCCUGCCGGAACGGAGCCACAUGCGUGGACAGAGUGGGCCGGUUCUCCUGUCUGUGCUCUCCUGGGUUCACUGGGGCCACUUGUGAGAUCCAGAUUGAUGAGUGUCAAUCACAGCCAUGUCUCAAUGGCGGCAGUUGCCAUGAGUACGCCCGCAGCUUCUCUUGCACCUGCCUGCCCGGUUUCCAAGGAAACCGAUGCGAAAUCAACAUUGACGAGUGCCAAGAGCAGCCAUGCCAAAACGGGGCUCUGUGUGUGGACGCUGAGAACGACUACAGCUGUGACUGCUCUCACACAUCCUUCACUGGCAGACUCUGUGAGACACCGCUACCGCCAUGCCUCUCUGAUCCCUGCUUCAACAGCGUCAUCUGCGAGGACAACCAGGGGAACUACACAUGUGAAUGCUGGCCAGGGUUCGAGGGGCACCAGUGUGAUAUUGACAUCAACGAGUGUGGCAGCAACCCCUGCCUGAAUGGAGGCUGCUGCAUCGAGAGGUCGUGGCAGGCACUGUAUGGCAGCGAGCCUCUGCUUCCUGAAACCUAUGACCAGCGGCAUGCUGCAGGCUACAUCUGCAGCUGUCCUCCAGGAACCGCUGGUUUCCUCUGCCACGAGGUGAUAAACCAUUGUGAUUCCACUCCAUGUCAGAAUGGGGGCAGGUGUGAGAGCCAAGUUGAAGGCUACAUAUGCCACUGCCUCAAACAGAGUCAUGAUGGUAUCCUUUACGGAGGUGUAACCUGUGAUGUGAGGUUAGUGGGCUGUGAGGGACAUGAAUGCCAGAACCAAGGCUCCUGCUCUCCUUUCUUUUUGGAUGGGACUCAGGGAUACACCUGUUCCUGCUCACCGGGACACACUGGACCCCUAUGCCAGACCCCUACUACCUUCUCUUUCGAACGCAGAGGCUAUCUGCUGCUGCAGAGUCCCCUGGUGGACACUGUAGAGUCCUGCACCAUCACCCUCAGCUUCAAGACGACUCUGCCCAGAGCGUUGUUGUUCCAGCGGAACAGCAGUGGGCUGCUGCUGGGCCUGCAGCUGGACAGAGGGCAGCUUCGUCUCUCACUGAGGAAGGAGGCCACUGACGGAGCCGAGGCGGACAGCGGCGACCAGGUACUGGAGAUUCCACACAAUGUCACAGACGGAGAGUGGCACUCUGUGAAGGCUGAGCUCGGAAGCGGGAAGCUCAGUUUGACACUCCUAGACGACGCCGGGAGCUGUGCGAGCCAGUCGUGCCACAAGGUGGCCCCAAUCCAAAGCCCUCUGGCAAGACUGGUGACACCACCUCAGAACACUUUCAUUGGCGGAGUGCUUAAGGACUCAAGCGGCCCCAGCGAGGACUCUCCGCUUCCAGCAUUCAUUGGCUGCAUGCGGGAUGUGUUUGUGGACUGGCAGCUAGUCGUCCCUGAGGAUUGGCUGAGCGACUCUGCAGUUAAUGUGUCCCCUGGCUGCAGCCACAGGGACCGCUGCCUGGAUGUGCCAUGCCAAAACAGAGGACAGUGUGUCAACCUGUGGCAAAGCUACCAGUGUCGAUGCCCAAGGCCUUAUGAGGGGCAGGACUGUGAAGAGGAACACGUGGCCGCGCGGUUUGGGAACGAAGACUCUCACAGCUACGCGGCGUUCACCGUCACCGAGGAUCUGGAUGAAGACUUCUCCAUCUCCCUCUUCCUGCGUACGCGGAGGCGCCGCGGGCUCCUCCUGGCGCUGGCCAACAGCAGCAGCCAGUACCUGCAUGUGUGGCUGGAGGACGGAAAGGUCACAGUUCAGCUGAAAAACGUUGAGAGGCUGAAGACGGACAGCGUGAUUGAUGACGGGGAAGUGCACUUUGUGAGCGUAGAUGUGCUCGAGGGUCGCAUGAGUCUCAAUGUAGCAGCUCAGAAGCAGGUUGACGUCGAAGUCCAGACGGUUAACGUCCGAGCAGGGGAUACUGUGUAUGUGGGAGGCCUGUUGGAGAGUUGGACUACUUCAGUGUUAGGUGGAUAUUUCAAAGGCUGUAUCCAGGACCUGAGGAUCAACGACAGGCGGCUGCAGUUCUUCGGGUUGGACGCCUCAGUGAGAUCUUAUCCUCUGGAGCGCAUGGAGAAUUUGACUACUGGCUGUUCAGGGGACAACGCCUGUGGAACCAACCCUUGUCUAAACGGUGGGAUGUGUUACUCCACGUGGGAUGACUUCACCUGCACCUGCCCUCCAAGGACAGCAGGGCGGCGCUGUGAAGAGGUCAGGUGGUGUGAGCUGUCACCUUGCCCCACAGACUCAGAGUGCAGGAUGCUGAACCAGGGAUAUGAAUGCUACUCCAAUGCAACCUUCCAGAAUGACAGCACAGUGUUGUCCUACCGGGGAAACGGUCACAUAUCCCGCAACCUAACCAAUCUCUCCCUAAACCUACGCACGCGGAAGCGCAACACAGCUAUUCUCCACGCUGAGAAGAGCUCUGCGUUCAUUACACUCUCUGUCCAGGGGGGCUUCCUCUUCAUGGAGCUUCAGAGUCCCACCAGAGAGGGGGGUGAGGGGGAGCAGGGUGUGUCCACGGUCAGCCUCAGCAGCAGGACCAGUGUUAGCGAUGGCGAGUGGCACAGCGUCCAAAUCUUCAUGGCGGCGCCGUGGGCACAAAACUCCCGCUGGACUUUGAUGCUAGAUGAAGAAAUAGAGGAAGCCAGCACCUCCAGGAGCCAAGGAGGCAACCUUAACUUCCUCAGGCACGGGGUGGACAUCUUCUUAGGGGGGCUGGCCCCUGGCAACGGGUGGUCCCUGGCCGGGUGCUUGGGCACAGUAGAAUUAAGUGGCAUCGCCCUGCCCUACCUCAGCUCCUCGGACGUGAACCUACCUCGCCUGCAGGAAGAGCAGUUCACCCGGACAUCCCUGCCACCGCCGCUCCUUGGGUGCAGCGGGGCCCCCGUGUGCGAGCCCAACCCCUGCCUGAACGGGGGGGAGUGCCAGGACUUCUUCAACACCUACAACUGCAGCUGCGGCGCGGGCUGGGCCGGGAGACGCUGCAGCUUCUUCACCGACACCUGCGCCUCCAGCCCAUGCGUCCACGGCAACUGCAGCGUGAAGGGGCUGACCUACGAGUGCACCUGUGACUCUGGCUACGCAGGAGACGACUGCGAUGAGGAGGUGGAUGUGUGCGAGAAGCACCUGUGUGCCCACGGAGGCACCUGUCUGCAAGGGCCGGACAGGUACGCCUGCCUCUGCCCUGAGAACUACACCGGACCCCUCUGCAAUGAGCGCAUUGAAGCAAUUCCGUGGUACAUUGUCGUCAAAAAUAAACGGCCUAAGCUGCCUGUUUCUGUGUGCGGGGAUGACACCAGAAACUACACCUGCUUCAAUGGAGGAAACUGCACGGACAGAGACCUGUACUGUGACUGCCCACCCGGGUUCACUGGACACCGGUGUGAGCAGGAGGUGGACGAGUGCAAGUCCAACCCCUGUCUGAACGGAGGCUACUGCCGCAACCUCGUCAACAAGUUUGCAUGCGUGUGCGACUUGAGCUUCGCUGGAGACACGUGCCAGACGGACCUGACCUCUGAGGGGUUGACCUCUGACCUCUUACUGUCUAUCAGUCUGGCGGCUUGCCUCCUGCUGCUGGUUCUCAUUCUGGCCUCCGUCAGCCUUGCGGUCGCGCUAAAUCGCCGUGCAACCCGCGGCACCUACAGUCCCAGCCGGCAGGAGAAGGAGGGAUCCCGGGUGGAGAUGUGGAGCAUCACCCAGCCGCCGCCUAUGGAGAGACUCAUAUGAGGGACUGGGUUUACAUGCUGGGUUGUCAUUUGGUUUUGUUGGUAAUGACGAGCUGAUGCUACAAAUCCAGCCUGCGUGUCAACAUGGGCUUCAUCUCACAGUAAUUCCGAAAUUACUGCCGUCUUUUCUUCAGGGGCUGGUAGACAUUUUGGACAUUUUUUGACACCAUUUUUGUGUGAUCGUCUUUCCCAGCGCUUCUUCCACCUUCAUGUGAUGUUUUGCACCUGGCGUCACCACCCAGCAGUGCAAUUCUUCAAAAUGCAGAAAGGUUUUGAGCUCACAACACUUGCUUGCCAGAGGUUAUGUGUGAUCCCUAUUUUUUAGGAUUGCUGUACGCGGGUGGCAGUAAAAAAAAAUAGCCGAGUUUGAGAAAUACAAGAAAAGGAGCAGAAUGAACCAGGAUGUUCUUCAUUAAAAAGAUACCGCUGGUUUUAUCCUUUCUUAUACUUAUUGUCAUGGAAUGACCAAAAGUGUCAAUUUCUUAAUCUGUAAGGAAGAACUGUCUCCUAGUGGAGACAAACAUCUUUUAAAACGAAAGAGAAAAAAUGGCUCAGUAAACCCCUUAGAUCGUAGAGCAACAUAGUUUUUAGCAAACAUUUCUCCAACAAGAGUAAACUGACAUUUGUCGGGGACUUUUUUUAGCCGUGCAUUAUGAAACAUUUGGUGCUCAAGUGAAUGCUUACUGCAGGAGGACUGUGCUCACCAUGAACUACAGGGGCCUGAAUAAGAUGGGGAAGGAAAACCUGCAAAAGUCCUCACUGAAAGAAUAAUAUACUCAGAGAGUCUGGUUUCAGUUGCAGUAGUCAAGAAUUGUGUCUUCUUGGCCGACUUGUAGGUUGUUAGAAACAAAUACCGUCUCACAGCGUAAUCUGAAGUGUAUAUUCAAUACCGUAUUUUCGCGACUAUAUGGCGCACUGAAUUAUAAGGCGCACCUUCAAUGAAUCGCCGAUUUUAGAACUAUUUUCAUAUAUAGAGCGCACCAGAUUUUAAGGCGCAUAGAGUAGAAGAUACUGCAGUAAAACGUUUGAGUGGGGUUGUGUUAUGCAUCCACUAGAUCGGGCUGUGCUAAAUCAAACGUCAUUAAGCGUUCUGAAAACUCUUCACUCCCAUGGUAACGUUGUUCAAACGUUAAUGUGGAUAUUAACAAUAUCUCUGAACCUCCAACUGUCGUUCUUGAUUAAUGAAAACAUUCUUGGCAAAUGCUUUCGUGCAUCUUGCACCGAGAGGCAGCGCUGGAACAGACGGUGGCGCCUCGCGGCGAACCGUCAGCGCGAUCCCGACAUCCAACUACGAGCUUUAAUAUACUGUAGCGACUCUCGCUAAUGAAUCUCUGGACAAUGUGCUUAUCUUCUGCUUUUAUUGCCGAGAUACAGGCUACUGUCGGCCGUAGCCUACGCCGAACAAAAACACACCAUCGCUCUCCAAAACAACAACAAUUCCCGCGUCCCCAUAGGUGGCACUAAGAUGAGUGACGUAACAUUGUGCGCCCUUCACUGAACAUCCCAAAACUCUGUAAAGUGCAACGCCGCUCCAGAAUAUGAAAACACAGUCCGUUACAAUACGCUGUUGGAGCUGGAAUUACCGCGGCUGCUGGCACCAGACUUUCCCUCCAAUGGAUCCUCGUUAACCAGUAUGGAUCAACCAAUUGAUCCAUAUAUAUGGCGCUCCGGAUUAUAAGGCGCACGCGUCGUUUUUUUAGAAAAAAAAGGAUUUUAAGUGCGCCUUAUAGUCGCGAAAAUACGGUAGUUUGAUUUGUGUUUAUUGUAUGUUUAAAACUGUGGAUUUCAUUUCUACAUUUAAUUGAUUGAAAUUGUACAUGGGAAAUUGUGUUGUUGUGUUGUAGAAAGGAAAAUGGUACUGUUUUUACGAGUAUUAGCACGUUUUCUUGACUGUAUGCCAAAUCAAUAAGCAAUGCACUCAAAUCACAUGUCUCACAGACAAUAACAAUACACUAUUAAACAAACUAGCACUCUGAAUACACAGAUUUAGCACCCUGAAAACACUUUGUUUUUUUCCACAUACUGUGGUUCUAUCAAUGUUAAUGCAACAACAUUUUGGUAUAAAAAAAAAGACGGAUAAGCAUUAAACACUAUAAUUUAUUUUCAGUUCACA